CAUCUACAAAGAUGGCAAAAGACCAAGAUAGAAGAAGUUGGAGGUUUCCAUUUCAUAUGGAUAUACAGACCAGAUGGUUGGAUAAUGACCAGUAUGGCCAUCUGAAUAAUUCAACCUAUUACCUCAUCACUGACACAAUCACGAAUACCUACCUAAUCGAUCAUUGUGGAAUACAGCCCUAUCAACAUCCAAACGGUCAAUCGCAAUUGGCAAAAGAGUCUUCACCUGAAAGAAUAGAGCCUUCAGAAGAACGUAAGCGACCGACAUCUGAUUCGGUAAUCGGUUUGGUGAUUUCCAGUUCAGGUGAUUUCUAUGCACCUACUUCAUUUCCCAAUCUACUACGAGUCGGUUUACGGAUCGUACAUUUAGGCAACAGUAGCGUCACAUAUGAAGUUGGUAUCUUUGAAGUUCCUGCAACCGAUCCAGCUAGAUGUUCUUCUUCAUUAUCAUCGCAUGCAGACAAGUAUUCACUACCGAAAGAUGCACUUGCAGCUGUUAUCACUCGAAAAACACACGUCUUCGUUGAUAGACAAAGCAGAAAGCCUGUGAAACCAAUGCCGCUACAACUACAGCAUGGCCUCUCAAAACUAAAAGUGGAUGGGAUUACUUCGAAGGAAAGCAAUACUUCUGCAAAGCUGUAAUGUAUGCAAAUAAAUCGAUGAUCUUGUAAUAUACCUCCCGCGCUCCUUUAAUAGAAUGCG